UUCUCACAUAUAAGACCAAAGCCCCCCACCGUGGAGAAUACAAGCCCCGAACUCCUCAGUUGAUUGCAAAUGGCGGAUCACUUACUGGAACAUGUGAUAGUUCAAAUCCUGGAGAGGUUGCCAACCAAAUCCCUAAUCCGCUUCACCUCCGUUUCAAAACGCUGGCGGUUCAUCAUACUGUCCGACCCACAUUUCGCCAUGUCCCAAUUCCAAAUAGCUUCUCACCACCGAACCCUCCGUCGCAGGCUCCUCAUCUCCACCGCCUCCCGACCUGGAUUCAAGUCACUGGACUUGGAAGCGCCGCCGCCGCCGUCGCAGUCGCCUUUGGGAGACAUUUGUUCGGUUAGGUGCCCAUUGACGCAACAACCGGGGGGACGUCCUAUCAGAAUACUGUGCUCCUGCAAUGGUUUGAUACUUGCAACUCUUCAGGAUCAAGAAAACAACAUGUAUAUCUGGAACCCAUCAACUCAAUUCUUCAAAAACUUACCUGACCCAGCUGAUCUUCCCUCAAAACCUCAAUGUCUAGUCUACUAUGGUUUUGGCUAUUUGUCGGCCACUGACGACUACAAAAUUAUUGCCAACCUUGAAGUCAUCCUUGGUGGUGAGGUGGAGGGCAAGGAGAUGCACAUCUUCUCAUCAAAAGCCAACAUUUGGAAAAGGGCUGAAUCCCCUCUCGAUUCCGACAUUCAAUACGGGGGGACUCUUUCAAACGAGGCACUUCAUUGGUUUGACAUCCUUGGCAUCUUAGCUUUUGAUCUAGCAAAGGAGGAGUUCCGAAGAUUCCCGCUGCCUAUUCUAGAUGGUGACUUUAGGGGUCUCAGGGUUUUUGGAGACUGUCUGUGUGCAUUUGAUUUUGAAAAUCUUGAUUUGUGGGUGAUGAAAGAAUACAGCGUGGCUGACUCAUGGACGAAGCUCUUUAAAUUAAAGGUUUCCAAUCAGCCUGAGAAGAUAUUUGGUUGUUGGCCUGUCUGGGUAAUGGAAACUAGUACAUUUCUGCAGAAAGGGACUUUAUGCCGUGGUGGGGAGCUUGUGUUUGAUUUGAUAAGGAGUGUUCAUACGGAAGAGAAGCCUGAAAUGCAUGUGUUGAGCAGCGAUACAGAUUUCAGGGAAAUGAUUGAAUAUCAAGAGACUCUACUUUGGCUUGCUGCCCCUUAAAUUGAAGAAGCCAAGGGCAAGUAUGUGGACCAGAUGAAGUGUGUGCAUCUUGAAGAACCCUCGAGUACAAGUCGCAAGCAAGGUGCCAUUUUAGUGAUAACAAAAUAUUCUCCUGGGAUAUUGUAAUUGUAGGUCAAGUAGUCUAUGUCUGUCUGCAACUCUGAUAUUUAAUAUGAUAUGUGAUGACCGUGUUAUUUCUAUGACCCUAUCAAAAUUGGGAUGGUUCUAUUGAUUAUGCGCUGUUGAUAUGACGAUGAUAGCAUGUCACUUAACUUGAUUUUAAUUCAACCUCCUUUUGUUUUUGAUCUGAAA